AUGACAGCCAUUCUGCUUCCCUCAAGAAGCGAUUUUGGCCAGACCGAAGUGCCCCUCAAGCCAAAAAGGGUGACUCCGUCUGCAUACACUCAGGAGAUGCUGCAGUCUACAGAGGAGCGCCUGGCCAACACCGACAACAUGCAGCCGCCUUGCAUCCUGGAACUGCUUGACAUGAGCAAGACUACGCAUCACAAAUUGUCUUUAGUGGAUCUGGAUCAGCCGCUUUUCCAGCCUUACCCAUCUGAGCUGGUCCUCCAGAACUUCACUCCUGCACAGACCUACAUGUUACCUCUACGGCUCGACAACAGAGACAAGGUCUCACGACAUGUGAAGCUGGAGCAGCAGGAGUCUGAGUAUUUCCAUGUGGUCCAAGAGGAUGCAGGGAGGAGUGUUGCACCAGGACUGUCUGCUGCCUUCACUGUCUCCUUCGCCCCGCAGGAGUACAAGGACUAUCACCACAGCCUGGUUUUUGUGACAGAGAGGGAGCGCUUUGAGGUCCCAGUUCGUGCCAUUGGGCCACGUGCCAUUCUUGACUUUUGCGAUGAGCUCCACUUACCCAUCUGUCCUGUGAAAGCCACCACAGAGAAGACUCAGAUGGUCCGCAACAUCGGAAACGGCAAGGCCAGGUUCAAGCUCGACACGCAGAGCCCUUUCUCAGUGACGCCCUCCUGUGGGACUCUUGAUGUGGGCGAGUGGAUGCAGGUGACUGUGAAUUACAACCCCAUGACAGUGGGAGUCCACAGCCAAGAGCUGCUUCUGCACUACCACACUGGUGAAGAUGUGUGCAUCGGACUGUCUGGCGCUUGUGAGGAACUGGAAGUCCGCCUUGAGACCGACUCCGUUCAGUUGACUAGGACCUACAUUUCCUUGGCCAGCGUUGGCACCGUGUCCCUCACCUACAAGAGUAAGAUCCCUCUGAAGUACUACUGGACGACGUGGCCCAGCCUGCAAGAGGAGGCCCUGAGUUUAUUGAGGGAGACCUCAGUGCUGCCGCUGAAGGGGCUCGAGGGAGAGAGGGAGCGGCUGCUCGUUCAGUGUGAGUCCGACCCCACAGCGAUCCACCGCCUCCCGCUGCUGUCCAGAGCCCUGCAGCAGCGCAGGAGCCAGGCGGUGAGGGAUUACCGGCUGGCCCUCUCGCACAGCUGCACCACUGUGGAACCAGCGGAGGGUGAAAUAUGGCCCAGGACCCCAGGACAGUUCAACAUCGUCUUCAUGCCCGAGGAGGCAAAGCUGUACCAACAGACAAUAUAUUGUGAUAUCACAGGCCGUGAAGCUCGGUUACCCCUCGCAAUAAAGGCAGAGGGCAUAGGCCCUAAUCUCCAGCUCAACUAUGACCUGAUCAACAUGCAGAACGUAGUCAUUGGUGACAAAGACUUUUAUGAAGUGCAGUUUCAAAACAAAGGGCUGAUUGAUGCCCCUUUCAGGCUGACGAGCCCUGACACCACUUUCGGCCGCUGUUUCUCCUUCAGUCCAGAGGAAGGUGUUGUUCCCUCUGGGGCCUUCGAGAUUGUGAAAGUCACCUUCCACAGUCGCGUCUUGGGAACUUUCUCCGAGGACUUGCUGCUAACUGUCACAGGACGGCCGCAACCACUUAUUGUGACUUUCAGGGGUUGUGUCAUUGUUCCCACAUUCCACUUCAAUGUUUCGGAGCUCAAUUUUGGAGAUGUGGCCUUUGGUUUCCCACUGACAUUGAUUUGUACCCUCAUCAACUCCUCUUAUGUGCCAAUGACCUUUGCCCUGCGUGUCCCGGGAGACGGGUUGGGGUCUCCCAGCAUAACUAGUGCCAUACAGGUGUCCGAGGUGUCCAGGAACAAUUGGGGAGGCAGUGCUGCUGGAGACCUUCACGCACGGCCUGUGGAGUUCACCAUCACACCUGCUGUGGGCUCUGUGCGGGCCUUGGCAGAUGUCACCAUUAAGGUGGCGCUGUGCUCCAACACAGUCAAGAGAUACAAGCUGGCGCUGGUGGUGGAUGUUGAAGGUGUCGGAGAGGAGAUCAUGACUCUGCCUAUCAAUGCCAGGUGCGUUGUUCCUAAUAUUGUGGUGGAGACUCCAGUGUUGGACUUUCGAAGGUGUUUCCUCGAUCGCCCCUAUGAACUACCAGUGCGGCUCUCCAACACCAGCGCUCUACCCGCCUGCUACGGCAUGCUUGACCAGGAGUACGAGGAGAGUCCGCCACUGCUUUUUGGCACUUCCACACCAAGAGGAUUGAUUCCUCCUCACAGUUCAGAAGAGCUUCCCGUGUUUCUGCUGGCUAAGGCCGUCGGAAGGCAGCAGCCCGCUCUCCGCAUUGCUGUGUUCGGCAGCGUCCAGCCCCCCCUGGAGGUGGUCUUGUCAUGUAUUGGGCAGGGACCUGUAGUUCUUGUUCAGAGCACACAGAUAGACUUUGGCACAAUCCCCGUUCUGACGGACGUUACCAGAGCCCUGACCCUGUCAAACCAGUCUCCUAUUCCGGCCCACUUCACUGCUCGCAUGAGCCAUGGAAGGUCCUUUGGGCGAGUUGAGCCAUGUGAGGGGGAAGUGCCACCCGAAAGCCAGCUGGAGCUGAGAAUAGUGGCACACCUGAAAGACACACUUCACUUCCAGGUCAAGCUGGAAGUGACCAUCCAGCACGGCCAAGUGCACACUGUGCUUCUGUCUGCCACAGGCACGGGCUCCACAAUUGUCAGUGACAGACCUUUCGCUCCCAACCUUGACCUAGGCACAUACUUAAGCCAUUUGUUAUGUCAGUACCACUUCAAGCUGACAAACCAGGGUAAGCGAACGUACCGGAUGUACUGGCGGUCUGCCGGCUUCCUGCCCUCAGCAAAAACCCGAAAAGCGUGCGGCUUAUCCGGCCGAUCCGUCCUGCCCCCCAUCUCUGCUUCCAGUAAGAAGGGUAUCUCGAGCCGUGGGGCUAAGCUCUCCUCCAGCGAGGAGAAGCCGGUGUUCAACCUCAGGCCUUCUCGCGUGGAGCUCACCCCAGGCGGCUCCGUUGACAUGGUGCUGACGGGAUCGUCGGACUCCCCCAAGUUUGUACAGGAGCGCCUGGUGUGCCAGGGCUUUGUAGGUGGCCAGGGCUGUAGCAAGCUCAUCAUGUCUGUAGAUGUUACCUGUCGCUUUGUGGCUCCCAUGCUCAGCAUUUCCUCCAGGCAGCUGAAAUUCUACCUGGAGAAGGUCCCAGGAAAGAGUCUAAAGCCCAUAUAUGAGAAGCUCAUCUUGGAGAAUGUGUUGUCUCUCUCUCUGUCCGUGGAGCUCUCUCUUGCAGAGCCGUUCUCCCUGUGUGAGGCCUCGGGAGCCCAGAGCCCAGCUACCACUAAGUCCGUUGUUUUAGGUGGCGGGAGGCAGGCUGAGUUGUGGGUGUGCUUCAAUCCAACUUACUGUCAGGAUCGGGUGUCACGAGUCGUGGAUGAGGUCCUUGAGAUCCACUACCAGGGACACCCACAGCAAGACACGGUGGAGCUGCACGCUGAGGUCCACUUCCCCAACCUCCACCUCUCCACCACCGCGGUGGACUUUGGCUGCGUGCUCAACUGCACGGGCACUCGUCAAGCAAUCUCGAUCACCAACUGCUCCCUGCUGCCGGUGUCCUACCACUGGGUCUUUCUGGGUGACCAGGAGCACGGUGCCAUCCGAGAGACAAAGAUGCUGGAGGCAGAGCGGGAACCAACAAAUGAGACCGAAGAAGAAGGGUGGAGGUCCUCUAGAAUGCCUUCUUCAGCCUUUUCAGCUCCUUUCAGCCCCGCGCUAGGUGCAGAUGAACCGAGCAGCGAAACGCAUGUGUUUGAUAUCCUGCCGAUACACGGUCAUCUGCAACCUGGGAAGCAGCAGCAGGUCAUUUUCUCUUUCUACGGCCAUGAAAAUGUCCGCAGAGAGGUGGUCGCACAGUGCCGCGUGGAGGAGGGGCCGGCGUACGAGAUCCAACUCAGAGGAGAAGCAUCGGUAGUCAGCUACAGCCUUGACUCUACGCAUAUUGAUUUUGGUCUGCAGCUGUUUGAUCACGAAUGGGAAGCUGAGGUGACCCUGAGGAAUACUGGCAAGAUGGGCUUUAAAUUUAGCAUCCUACAGCCUCAAAAAGAGGAUGAGGAGGAAGGUGGAGAGACGAAGGCCCUGGAAGAGGAGCAAAAUGAGAAAGGACAGGAAGUCGUCCCAGGCCAGCCCAUGGUCAUCCCUGCUAUGGGUUACAUUGAUCCCGGUGCGGCGCAAUGUCUGCGUGUGCUCUACCUCCCAGGCCUCCCCGAGGUGUUUGAGAAGCAGCUUCAGCUGCAGGUGGCUUUCCUGCCACUGCAGGUCAUCACGCUGACUGGAGAGGGAGUGUUCCCAAGGAUCAGCCUGAACUUGCCACAAAACCUGUCAGAGGAGUGUUACAGCGAUGCAGUGCAGCAGGCCAGAACAGCUGUGGCAGAAGAGGAGCUUGAGAAUGGAACUGCCACCGCUGGAGAAGCAGCAACUGAGGCCACCUGCACCCUUGAAUAUGAAGAACGGCUUCACAUGGAGGUUGAGAGGACGUUGGUCAAACAGAACGCUCUCGCUGUGACCGGCAGCCUGCUGGAGCGCAGAGACUCGCAAGGGUCCUCCAGAAAGUGGCACAAACUUAGCCAGUUCCUGCUCCCAGAGUAUGUUUUGGAUUUCGGUUGUGUCAUUCCAGGCAAUGUCCUCAGUCACACUGUGAAUGUGGCCAACACUGGGUCAGUGGCUGUGUCCUUCCAUGCCAAUGGCAACCCUCUAGCUGGAACAGGAUUCAGUGCAGACAUCGGGAGAGUGAAAAACCUGCCCUGUGGAGGGACACAGUCUUUCACAGUUACAUUUGCCCCCCAGAGCACCAACCUGAAGGUGGGGGACACAAGUGUUGUCAUGCCAAUAAAGGUCGUAGGCGGCCCGAUGGUCCAGGUGCGGCUGCGUGCAGUGGUGACUGUGCCGGCCGUCACCGUCUCCACGGAUGCACUGCAGUUUGACACUGUGCCGUGUGGCAUGUGUCAGAUGAGGACAAUACAGCUGUUUAAUCCUGAGUCUGUGGCGUGCUACUGGAGCAUAGCUGAGAAGGGGAAUCCUCUCACAAAGGUAGACAUAACUGCAUUUGGUGUUCUUGCUCUCUGCCAGCGUCAAAAGGACUUGCAGAAGCAGCGUCCGCCUCCCGUGGUCUUUAAGAUGAUCCCCAGCUCUGGCAUGCUGUCCCCUGGUGAAUGGGUCAAUGUCCAGAUAAAGUUUAGCCCUGCUGAGGGGCUUCCGUACAACAGGCAGCUACUGGUCCGCGUGGCUGAGAGCAGCCAGCAGGUGAUUAUUACAGCGCAGGGUCGGGGUGAGGAGCCACACCUCGAGUUUGGCACGUCGGUGCUGGAGCUGGGGCCGUGCCAGCCUAACAGCACUGACGUUGAGGCUGAGGUCACCGUCAAAAACCCUUGCUCUUUCCCCGUUGAAUUCUACUCCCUGGAAUUCGACACGCAGUAUCUCGAGGAAGAAAAGAUCCUGCGUCUGAUGCAGGGUUAUGACGAGAACAACAUUUUACUGCUGCCUCCCAGAGCCCCUGGAGAAAGUCUACCCACCGAACUGCUCGACUACUACCGGGAGCACUGCUCCCAGCUGAAAGAUGAUGCAGAGAUGAAUGAAGGCCUUGAGAAAGAAGAAGCCGUGACGAGUGAGACAUACAAGGAAGGAGAGAGGUCAAAACUAAAUGAUGCCCACUCGCCAGACAGAAAAGUGGAAGAAAUGCACACUUUCAGUGUGAAACCAGCUGAAUUACUCGUUCCUAAGAUGACUAAAGAGGGACGUCUUGGGGGACUGGGGCCGCUCGAGAUGACCCCCGUCUCCAGAGCAAAUGCCCGCCACAUGUGUGUUGAUCUGUCACAUGAGGGUCUGGCGGCACGCAACCACAGAGGCAUCGCUGUUAUUGUGUAUGGAGCCCCACUGACAGAUAAGGGCAGCACAGUGGCCGCUCUGGCAAGUCACUACGGAGGGGCGUGCCUGAGGGUUGAUGCUGUUGUUACAGAGGUGCUCAUGAACGGCACUUCACCUGUUGGCCUGACUGCAAGACAGCUCUAUGACGAUGCUGCUGCCGAGUAUGCCGAGAAGAAGUCCGAGGAGGCUGCUCCGACCACAGAACCAGGACCCGCAGCAGAUCUAGAAGCCUCAGAACCAGCUCCACGUUCAGCUCGACCUUCACGCGACACUUUGGAAGUUCCUUCAAAACUCAGUGAGGACGGCUUCAGUGGAAAUGACUCCAAGGCUCCUCGGCAUACUGAACACACACACUUUGCCCGUUGCCUGGGAGGAGAUAUGACCACACUCAGCAAUCUGUUGCCUGAACAGCUCCUGGUUGAUAUCCUGGCAGAAAGAUUUCAGCUAAGCGACUGUCACCGCGGCAUCGUGAUCGACGGCCUGGAGUCUGUGUUCGCUCAGUCAGCAGCCAGCACGCUGCAAAUGGUCCUCAAGGCCCUUAAUAACCGCAAACACGUCUUUGUCGUCAACCUUUUUGACUCCUACGCUGCCUUGAAGGCCCGGGAAAAAGCACAGAGAGAAGCCAAGGAGGCUCUGCACAAAGAGAAGGCUGACAGGGAGGAGCAGUGGCAGCAGGAGCUGGAUGAGGAGGAGUAUGACGCUCUGCCAGAUGAGGAGAAGGAGCGUAUCGUCCAGCGACUGAGAGAGAAGCGCAGGAAACAGAAUCUCAGGGAGCUCGAGCGUAUAGAGAAAGAGCAGGAAAAAAAGAGGCUCCAGGAGGAGAUGAAAAGGUUGAGAGAAGAAGAGCAGAAGAAGAAGAGCAGAAGGGGCGGAAAGAAAGACACUAACGAAGUGUUGAGGGAGGAGAAGCAGAUGUCUUCCAGUGACAACUGUAAAGAGCCACUCGUGGAUGCCAGAGAGCCGCCUAAUUUAAAUGAAGGUGCAGUGCAUCAUAGCAAAAAAGCUGAUGAUUUACAAAAGCAGACGGAGGAAAGCAAAGCUGUACAUGCAGAGUCUCCUCAACCUUCAGACCAGCUGGAGAGAAAAAAGUCCAUUGUGGAUGAGCUGCAGUCUCAGUUCAGUGUGUAUGAGCAGAGCCAGGAACAGGUGGAGCACAUCUUGCAGCACUGGGACCGAGCCCGCGGCUUGUUGCUGGUCCCACUCCCCAGUGAAGAGGUCCCACCGGUGUCGGAGGAUGCCCCGACAGAGAAACAGACUGUUAGCAAGAGGAGCAAGAGAGCCAGCAGCAAGAUCAUGUCCCCAAUGCCCAGUCAGAUGGCAGUACCAGCUGAAGUAGACAUGGUGCUUCCACAAGACGUUAUCCCACAUAUCGUCCUGAAUGUAACAGGGAAAGACUAUCCGAGUGCUGCAGAGCUGCUCGAAGGCAGCACCCUGCCUCCAUUGGUCGAGGUGUUGGAUGGCUUUGGCUUGGGACACAGCAGCCCACCCAUACCCCCUCCCAUCACUUUCUCUAUGGUUCCUUUUCCCAAAAACAGGGAGCAAUCUAACAGUCAACUCACCUGUAUCUGUUUCACCUUCCUGGUUCCCUCAGGGCCUGACGAACACAACAAGGAGAAUAAAGAUUUGGUGGAAGACUUGCAAGCAUCAGCUGUCAAGGAAGAGGCGGCGGCAACAGUUUCCAAAGGUCGCAGCAUGAAGGAGAGCAGAGAGAGUCAGAAGUGCAAGAUGCAAACUUCUGCCAAGACGAAGGCAAAGGGCUCGGACCGGUCUCGCUCGCCUCAGUUACGCGUCUCCUCCACAUCCGACUGCACUGAACGAGACCAACACCAAGAGGACUUAGAGCUGAAACGCAACCAGAGCCUGACAACAUAUAGGUGGGUUGUACCAGCCAACAGUGAGGUGAAUAUGAAGGUCUGGUUCUACUCAGACUCCCCAGGGAAGUUUGAGCAGACCUUCACCUUUGAGCUACUGGGGACCCAGAGACCGUACCAGCUCAUCUGCAGAGGAGUUUCCACCUAUCCCUCCAUCUGCAAAGGCUACAUGACUCUCUUUGCCAACAGUAAUAAGGUACCACAAAUGGAAGAAGUGCUCCAGAAGACAUACGCGGUUAAGCCUGGAUACUUUGAGUUUGGGCCGUUACUCUGUGGCAAAACCAGAGACAGAUACAAGGAAAAUAGUGACCCAGAGAACAUGGAGCGACUGGUGAUCCAUAACAAUUCAGGCCUGGAGGCUGAGAUCCAGUUCUGUUUCCAGCAUGAUAGCCAGGCCGCCACAUAUCUGCUGGACCCUCCGACCAUGAGUCUCAAACCUGACCAGAAACAGGAGUUGACAGUGUGGGCCUACCCAACACAACUGGGACAAAUGGAGGACAGCAUUGUGUGCCACAUCAAGGACAAUCCGGAGCUUGUCACCAUCAAUCUCUCCUGCUGGGGCGUUCGGCCAGAGCUGGAGCUGGAAAGCAAGCAUUUUAACUUUAAAAGAACUUUGCUGCACAGGCAUGACAGCCGCAGCGUGACGCUGCAUAAUAAGACGGCUCUGCCGGUGUCUUGGAGACUGCAGGGUGUGGAGGAGUUGAGUGAUGAGUUCAGUGUGCCACAGGAUGAGGGCAUCAUCUCACCCAACUCCUCUUUCCCACUGAGCUUGCACUUCAGGGCUAGUAGGCCACUCCACAUUAAGAAGAUCUUACGUCUGGAGGUAUCCGAUGUGGAGAAGAUUCUAGGCAUCGUGCACACAGAAAACAUACAGGUCACAGCUGAAGCCUAUGACAUAGCUCUGGACAUCACACCAGAUGGCUGUCUGGACUUUGGAACCAUUAAAGUCUUUGAAGAGGCCAAACUGUCUCUCAAGAUGAAAAACCAAGGGAAAUAUGAAAUAGCCUUCAAGUUUGCAUUGCAGCAGACCGACCCAAACCAGCCAAAACUGGACUCCUUUUUCACCGUGUCACCCCUGAGUGGGACUCUAAUGCCCCACGAGAAGCCCACAACAGUGCAAAUACUAUGCAGACCGAACACAGAAGUCUUAAUUAGAGCGCAACCUAUCCUGUCUUGCCAGGUGAUUGAUCCCAGCAUUGGGAAUGGAGGAGAACCCGUAGCCAUCCUAGCCAACAAGGUUUCAGUCAAGUCUGUCUUCUCCAGGUACAAGAUCACACCUGCAUGUGACCUCAACUUUGGCCCACUGGUCUAUGGCCAAAAGAAAAGCCAGAGCUUCACUAUUGAGAACAAUGGAGACUUCGAGACCCGUUUCAUCAUUUGCCACAUGAUCACGGACCCUGCGCCACUGGGGAAUGCAGGGGGUCCAGGAAGGAAGAUGCCCCUCGAAAGCCAUGCAGAGAGACUGACUGGUGCCAGUAGCAAAGUGAGACGUGAGUCUAUCCAGAAGGACAUGAGGAUGACACAGGUUUCUCUCCAGAAUCGCCUCACCAUGGGGGUGUUCUCACUGUCUCCCUGCAACGGGAACUUGCAGCCCGGCUCUCAGCAGGUGGUGACCGUGGACUGUGCGGCUGAACAGCUGGGCAAGUGGAAGCAGGGUUUGCUCAUUGACGUCAGUGACCGUGAUCCUUCAGACCAGCCGGAUGGCAUACCGUACAGACUGCUGGCGGAAGUCUGCAAGCCAGGUAUAGCGUUAGACAUGGCAUCCAUCUUUGAGGAACACCAUUUGUGCCACAACAGCAGUCAGCUCUUCUCUGAGCAGUUUUGCAAUGCUGAACGCAUUUACGUCCGAGACAAGAACCAGUUUAUUUUCAACAAAGUCCUGGUGGGGCGAACAGCCCAGGCCCGAUUCAAACUCACGAACAAGAGCAAUGUGCCCUGUGUGCUCAGCUUAGCCAUCAAGUAUGUUGGCGCUAAGAUUUCCCGCAGUGCGGAGGUUUUUGAUUUGUCUGCUACAACGCUGAGCAUCUCAAGCCAGUCACACUUGUUCGCUGUGGUCACCUUCACACCUCAGAUGAUGCGGCGCUACAGUGCUGUGUUUGAGGCCACAAUGGAGGCCACCAGCAGGUAUGAAAUGACACCCACAUUCAAGAGCACGGUGCUUGAGUUCAACCUUGUGGGAGAGGGCAAUCUGCCAAGUAUACGUGUGGUGCGUCCAGCUCUGAGGAACAACAGAGGAAGACCAAUGCUGCAGUUCACACGGGUGUUGGUCGGGCGCAGACAAACCCGGCCCCUGGUGCUGCUUAAUGAUGGGAAUAUUCCGGCUCAGGUCCAGAUUGACAUGCUAGAUAAACAUGGAGUGUUCACCCUCAAAGCUGCUCCUGGCCACACUUGCCGCUCCAUCCACUCCACACAGAUGGAGGGCCCAAAUGACUCAGAGCGUCAGUCGGUGCACCAAGCCAUGCUGAGGCUGGAUGUUAACGAGCAGGUGGAAUUUGAGGUCAGCUUCUGCUCCGACAAGCCCAUGAGUGUCACGGCCAAGAUGUCACUGCAGGUGGAGGACAACCAGUACGGCACAACCCGAAUACAAGUGACCGGAGAAGCUUACCAAGAAGUUGUCUCUCUUGACAACAUCGGACAGGAAAUAGAUCAGGAGGAUGAAGAGGAAGGUAAUGUAAUGCUGAAUUUGCUGAAUUUUGGGGACUGCCAUGUAGAUUGUCCCUAUCAAGAGAGUUUCACCAUGACCAACCACAGCAGCGGCCAGGUAGUGCGGUUUGAGUGGCCACCUGAGGGAUCCCAUGUCUUCUUUUCACCACAGGUGGGGCACCUUCAUGCUGGUUGUUCUAAGGAAGUGACUGUCACCUUUGACUCCAAUGAGCCAGUGACGCUUACCUGCCAGCCAAUGAGAUGCAAAGUUAGUCAGGUGGAGUUCCAGCAGCCGCUAGAGCAGGUGUCCGACUGGGACGACCGGCAGAGGACGGUGCAGUGGCUGAAUUCUUCCAAGCAGGCCUCAGAAGCACCACAGCAGCCUGGGAUGAAUAAGGGGAUGAAGACGGAUCCGGAGCCCUGCUGCUCUAUUGUUGAGGGCUCCCAGUGGGAGUUGGAAUUGCGAAUCAGCGCAGUUUGUGACUACGUGAAGUUGAGCUGCGACACCGACACCAUCCUCUUCAAAGACACCCUGCUUUACCAGACCAGGCUCCACCAACUGCAGAUCGUGAAUCAUGGCACUGUCAAACUGAAAUACUCCUGGAAAGUCCAUCUGGAUCCAAGGGACAACAUUGUAAACCAUGACCAAAGAGAUGGGACGCUCACCCCUAGACACCCUAGCGUGUUAACUAGAGCUCGCCCUGCCAGCGCUCUUGCAAGCAGGAUGUCUCUUCUGACGGGGAAUCCUGAGCUUCUGCCCAUCAGCGUCGAGCCCAGCAUUGGGGCCGUAGCGCCCGGUGCCACUCAGGAUUUCAGCAUCCGCUUUUCACCUUGGGAAGUGGCCCAAUUUCAGGGCAGGCUAGUCAGCAGUAUCCCCAACUUGCAGGAUGGAGAUCAGGCUCCCUGUGUCUCAGUGUGUGGCCGCAGCAUGUUGCCCCACUGCCACUUUGACCUGGAGGACUCAGACUACAUCAGUGGGAACCGCCGUAACCCGGAUUUCAGGGGCCCUCUGGACCCUAACACCAGGGUCGUAGAGUUCAACUCUGUUGGCUUCUCUGUGCCAUCCACAAGACGUUUCAGUGUGGUGAACCCAACCAGUAAACCCUACUCAUUCAAGUGGAGGUGUGAAGACAGAUGCGCUGGCCCAUUCUGCUGCCUCACCCCACGUGGCACCAUCUUGCCUGAGAGUAAGGCGGACGUGUGUUUUGAAUAUGUAGCUGAGCAGCUGGAAGCGGCGGAGUCAUUCUGGAGCUUUAGGAUUGAAACUCUGUCACUGUCUUUCCCCUUCCUGUGCGUGGGCUCCACUAGAGAACCCCUUGUCUACCUCGACAGACCUCACCUUGACUUUGGAGAACUGCUUGUUGGUCGUAAAGUGGAACAGGCAGUCGACCUGGUGAACGGGGAGGAGGAGCUCUUCCACUUCUCUGUCGUGCAGUCAUCUCUUCUCUGUGACGACCAGCAGUCCAGCCUCAUUGUGCAGCCCAUGACUGGCGCAGUGGCCCCAAGAGACAGGUUGCCACUGUCAGUGUCCUUCACGCCUUGCCGGGAGGGCUGUGUGAGCUUCAGAGUGGUUCUGAGGGUGAAGAGGAAAUCAGAGCCACUCGCGCUCACAGUUAAAGCCGAUUGUUUCAGCAUGAGAACCUCCGUUCAAGUUGAGAAGCCAGAAGGAGGCCUCAGAGAGAUCGGCCCCGACCACAAAGACACUUUGGACUUCGGGAAGUUGGGGAUUUCAGAGCAAUCCGCCGUUAAUUUCCUGGUGUCCAAUCUGGCAAGAUCCAGAUUGGAAGUGAACUUUGACCUAACGGGUCCCAGUGAGCUGCUGCAACACUUGGAAAUAAAGCCACAAAACGAUAGUAUUGAGGUUGGGAAGCAGCUGCGAUCUUCACUCUUCUUUUGUCCACGAAGCAUCUGCAAACUGCGGGAUGUCCAACUGAGUAUCAAGAUGAAGCACGGGCCGACAUUUACAUUUGCCAUCGAAGGCGGAGCUGUAGCACCCAGUCUUGAAUUCUCCUUCACCAAGCACAACUUUGGCAAGUGUUUCGUGCACAGUCCGGGCACGGUGCCGGCCUCCCAGACUUUGGUGAUCAGCAACAAAGGCAAAAGGGACAUAAGUGUCAAGUGCCAGUUCAGAAACACCUCUCACCUGGAGAUGGACUUCCAACCAGAUAUUGUGUCCCCUGGUGGCGUGAUGAAGGCAGCGCUCACCUUCUAUCCUCGUGAAGCAUGCCGUUACCAUGAAAGACUCACCUUUGUCCUAAACAGCUGUGUCACGAGGCACGUGGACAUACUGGGGCAAGGCAUCGAGAUGAAGCUGGGGCUGGAGAACCCCAAGCAGCGGAAAGUGAAGCUGGGAUCUCUGAUGUUGGGUCAGAAGGUGAAGAAACAAGUGGUUCUGGUCAAUCGCAGCUCUUUAGACCUCUCCUUCACUCUGCUGCUUAACACCAACACCCCACUGGCUCCAAGGGAUCUUACAGUCAGUCCUGCAGGUGAGCUGAACCUGAAAGCCCGUGUUGGUUCGUGUAACGUUGAGAUCCAGUUCUCGCCUCGUCAGCACAUACCUCCCUUCACCGCUGAGCUGCAGGCGGAGUUUGCAGGCCUGCUACACCCCCUGCUGACCAUCCAAGGCUGCUGCCAGGGUGUGGAGGUCCAGCUGGACCAGGUCCACCUAGCCUUUGGAACUGUUGUCCAGCGCUGCCAAGCCAGGAAGAGGAUCGUCAUGAUGAACGCUGGGGACAUUGGUGCCAAGUUCCAGUGGAAAACAGAGAAUUUUCCUCCAGAGUUGUCCAUCACACCAGUUAAAGGAUACAUCUGCCCAGGCAUGGAGGUUCCUUUCCAAGUGACUUUUGCCCCGGUGGAGCUGAUCAACGACACGAGAUAUGAGAACCUGUCUUGCUGUGUGGAGGGCUCCUCCUCACCCGUCACUCUCACUGUAACGGGCUCCUGCAUUGUAGCCUCCACUAGCAAAGAGGUGGUGAACUUUGUUUGCCCAGUGCGCGGCUCUCACAGCCAGACUCUGCCCGUGUUCAACCCCACAAACCAGCACUGCAGCAUCAGACCCGUCAUAGAGGGAGAACAGUGGAGCUCUGAGCCAUCUGUGAUCCUUGAACCCCUCCAAAACAAGACAUGCGAGAUCACCUACCGACCGCUGUCCGUUACUGCUGACGGGAAGAAACACCUGGGAUCAGUCUUUUUCUCCUUCCCUGAUGGGACCGGCAUGCUGCACUCCCUUCACGGAACUGCUGAACCUCCAAAGGCAAAGGACACCAUUGUGCAUGAACUGCCUGCAAAGACUCACCACACAGAGUUGCUUCCCGUGCACAACUGGCUCUCCAAGCAUCAGCGGUUCCGUGUGUUGAUGGAGAUCCUGAAACCGGACAAUCCCGAUGCUACGGUGUCCCUGAAGGGUCUAGAAUACAUUGAUGUCCCUGCUUUGGCCAGUCGAGAUUACAAGAUGUCUUUCUUUACAUACAGAGAGGGCAAUUACAACACCAAGGUGACGUUUCAUAACGAGGGGUCCGGCGAGUACUUGUUCUACCUUGUUACCUUCAAAGCCACGUCCCCGGGAGUCCUGUCCACCAUAAUGCUGGCGACCCCUGUCCAUCGGACGGCCUCGGCCACUGUGCAUGUGGAGAACCCCCUGACCACAGUUACCUGCCUGACCACUGAGUGUAAAUGCCCUGAAAUCAGUGCCCCGCCUCAGCACACUGUGCCAGGACAGUCAAAGGGCUCUCUCAGCUUCGAGUACCAGCCCCUGCGUCCGGGCGAGUCCACAGCCCGGCUGACUCUGCACAGUAACGAUCUGGGCUACUUCCACUACGAUCUGCUUCUCAGAGCUCUGCCCCCACCACCAGAGAAAACCGUCCACUUCCGCACUAGUCUGGGCUGCAGCCAUUCCAUUCUUGUUAAGUUGACCAACCACGCCCGCUUCAAAACUGAGUAUUCUGGCAAGACCGAUUGCCCGGACUUCACAUUGGACAAGGCCAGAACCCAGGUGGUGGGGUCAGAGGUCAGCAUUGAAGUUUGUUUUGAACCUCAUCAGCUGGGGGUAGCGAGAGGCCAGCUCAGCUUGUCCUCCGCGAUCGGUGGCGAUUACAUCUUUCCCUUGCAGGGGAUCUGCCUUCCUCCCGAAGCCCAGGGCCCGUUUCGCGUCUGUGCAGGUCGCACCGUUUCCAUCCCCUUCAAGAAUGUCUUGCUGCAGGCCACCACUUUCUCUAUUCAGGUGGACAACCCUUGUUUCAUAGUUAAAGAGGUGGACAGCAUCCUCUCCAAAAAGACCCAAAACAUCAUGAUAUCCUUCGAGGCCCCUCCAGGAAGCUCUCCGGGGCCGUGGUUCGGCAAGCUGACCAUCUCCAGCCAGCGCUCCGAGGGCCACAGCAAACCUUGUUCUUGGGUGUAUUACCUGAGGGGCUACCGCUCUGAGUCAUCUUAGGGACAGAGACGUGUGCACGCAGACUUACACACAUGCAAUCGGCUGCGCAGACACACACAUGAGAGCACACGCAAACAGAUGAAUGCACAGGACGCGAUUUUGACUCAAGCCUUCAAUGUGUAACUUAGUUUGUAUGAUGCUUUCUGUGUGAGUGUUGACAAAUGAUUUAUACAACGCCUGAACUCCAGUGUCGGUUUCAAAAACAGACUGAAUUGUCCUGUGUAUAUUUAUUUGCUUUGAAUAAUUAGUUGUCACAUUUGUGUUUGUGAAUAUUUUAAUAGUCAACUGAAUAAAACCUGCAUAGGAAACCU